GCACACUAUGAGGCAUCGUGUGCGGCGCUGCUGCACCUGCUGGCGUUCAGCGCGCCACCAGCGCUGGCGUCGGUGCGGCAGGCAGCGGUGCGCGUGUGUGCGCGCAUGGCCACUGUGGGGGGGCGGUGGUGGCGGGAGAGUGUCACGGGCGCCAUGCUGCUCGGCCUCUCCGCCUAUGUUGAUGCCCCCGGUGAGGCCAGUGUCGGGAGGUUGGGCCGCCUGGCACACGGUGUGGGAGGUGUGGGAGGGGUGGGGGGUGUGGGAGGGGUGAGGGGUGUGGGUGUGUGGGGGGUGUGGGAGGUGUGGGGGUUGUGGGGGUGUGGUAGUGAAAUGCAUGUGCUGUGCUCCCUCGCUGCUCUGCUCUGCGUGCUGUCCCUUGCCGCCACUGCUGUGCUGUGUUUCAAGCACCCCGCCCCGCCGGCACAGCCCCUUGAAGCCCUCUCUCUCUGUUCCUUACUGCCCUGCCCCGUACGCCGCCCCGUGCGACCACGUGGUGCUGGACGCCUGCACUGCCCUCGCUGCCUCCCUCCUCGCCCUGCCUCCACACCCCCUCUCCCGCCCACUCCGCCACGCCCCCAUUCCCGCCCUCCCCCUUCCCUCCUCGCACCCCCUCCCACUGUGCUCCCUUCUCCCCCCUCGUCCACCUCGCCCCUCGUCCCGCCGCUCGCCACCCUCACCGCCCCCUUGCUCGCCGCGCUGUGGCGCCUCCACCUGUCACGCUCCGCACCUGCUCUCCGCAGUCAUGGCACGCAGGCCAGCACGGGUAGCACGGGUUGCAUGGGCAGCAAAGGCAGCAAGGGCAGGGAUGGUGGAGGGAAGAGUAGGGGAGGCGUGGUGGCGCGGGCUGCUGAGUGGCUGUGGGGGCAACAGGUGCGGGGGAUGCGAGGGUUGUGGGAGGGGAAGCGGUGA